AUGUCAUCGUUACACCUCAGUUAUCAAAAGACCAACAAACAGGUGGCUUUCGACACCGCCAAUAAAGACGCCUUGCCACUAGGAAUAUCAUCGGAAGAUCUCACUGAACAGCUCGUCCAAUUAAAUGAAUUGGCCCAGCAGUUGAUCUCUUUCGAUGGCGAAGCCCCAAAAAACGCCGAACCUACAAAAAACAUCUCCAUGGGCGUGAAAAAGUGUCAUGAAGCUGGUCUUUCAUGUCUCAAGACUGCGAAAUUCGAAGAGGCCAUCAAGCAUUUCUCCGAAGGUAUCAAGAUCGCUACAAACAGAAACAAGUGGGAAAGUUUCCAGUUGACAUUAUUCGAGACACAUUUGUGCUUGAUGAACCGUGCUGAUGCUUAUUUGAUGAGUGGGAAGUACCCAGAGGCAUUGCAAGAUACCGAUUUAUUGAUUAAAACCAUGAAUGUCAACCCUGAUAAUUUCUACAGAAGAUCUAUCGCUCACUUGGAAUUGGGUUUCUUGAAUGAAGCAAAAGUAGAUUUAGAAAGAGGGUUGGCGUUCCAACCAAACAAUGAAAAAUUGAAGAGACAAUUGCUUGUGGUGAUGGCGAAAAUCUUCCAAGAAGAUGGAGAUCUCUAA